AUGACAGCAGUGGCUGAGAGUAUGAGGUUUGGAGAACAACAGAGCCCAGGUUCAAAUCCCAGCUCCAAACUUCCUGUAGGACCACAGGGAUAUACUGAAACUAUGGAAAACAGUAACGGAGCUCCAUCACUUAGGAAAUUGAUGGCUUCCUUAACUUCUAUUGAUCUCAGUGAAAACCAAAUUCAGGCGAUUCCAAGGAAGGCUUUCCGCGGAGCAGUUGACAUUAAAAAUUUGCAACUGGAUUACAACCAGAUCAGCUGUAUCGAAGAUGGGGCAUUUAGGGCUCUCCGGGACCUGGAAGUGCUAACUCUCAACAAUAACAACAUUACUAGACUUUCUGUGGCAAGUUUCAACCAUAUGCCUAAACUUAGGACUUUUCGACUCCAUUCCAACAACCUGUACUGUGACUGCCAUCUGGCCUGGCUCUCCGACUGGCUUCGCCAACGGCCUAGGGUUGGCCUGUACACUCAGUGUAUGGGCCCAUCCCACCUGAGGGGCCAUAAUGUAGCUGAGGUUCAAAAACGAGAGUUUGUCUGCAGUGAAGAGGAAGAAGGUCACCAGUCAUUCAUCGCUCCUUCCUGUAGUGUUUUGCACUGCCCUGCUGCUUGUACCUGUAGUAACAAUAUUGUAGACUGUCGUGGGAAAGGGCUCACGGAGAUCCCUACAAAUCUACCAGAGACCAUCACCGAAAUACGUUUGGAACAGAACUCAAUCAAGGUCAUCCCUCCUGGAGCUUUCUCACCAUACAAAAAGCUUAGAAGAAUUGACCUGAGCAAUAAUCAGAUCUCUGAACUUGCACCAGAUGCUUUCCAAGGACUGCGCUCUCUGAAUUCACUUGUCCUCUAUGGAAAUAAAAUCACGGAACUCCCAAAAAGUUUAUUUGAAGGACUGUUUUCCUUACAGCUACUAUUAUUGAAUGCCAACAAGAUAAACUGCCUUCGGGUAGAUGCUUUUCAGGAUCUCCACAACUUGAACCUUCUCUCCUUAUAUGACAACAAGCUUCAGACCAUCGCCAAGGGGACCUUUUCACCUCUCCGGGCCAUCCAAACUAUGCAUUUGGCCCAGAACCCCUUUAUUUGUGACUGCCAUCUCAAGUGGCUGGCGGAUUAUCUCCAUACCAACCCGAUUGAGACCAGUGGUGCCCGCUGCACUAGCCCCCGGCGUCUGGCCAACAAAAGAAUUGGACAGAUCAAAAGCAAGAAAUUCCGUUGUUCAGCUAAAGAACAGUAUUUCAUUCCAGGUACAGAAGAUUAUCGAUCAAAAUUAAGUGGAGACUGCUUUGCAGAUUUGGCUUGCCCUGAAAAGUGCCACUGUGAAGGGACGACAGUAGAUUGCUCCAAUCAAAAACUCAACAAAAUCCCGGACCACAUUCCCCAGUACACUGCAGAGCUGCGUCUCAAUAAUAAUGAAUUCACAGUGUUGGAAGCCACAGGGAUCUUUAAGAAACUUCCUCAGUUACGUAAAAUAAACUUUAGCAACAAUAAGAUCACAGAUAUUGAGGAGGGAGCAUUUGAAGGAGCAUCUGGUGUAAAUGAAAUACUUCUCACGAGUAAUCGGUUGGAAAACGUUCGGCAUAAAAUGUUCAAGGGAUUGGAAAGCCUCAAAACUUUGAUGUUGAGAAGUAAUCGAAUAAGCUGUGUAGGGAACGACAGUUUCAUAGGACUCAGUUCUGUGCGUUUGCUUUCUUUAUAUGAUAAUCAAAUUACUACAGUUGCACCAGGGGCAUUUGAUACACUCCAUUCUUUAUCUACUCUAAACCUCCUGGCCAAUCCGUUUAAUUGUAACUGCUACCUGGCUUGGUUGGGAGAGUGGCUCAGAAAGAAAAGAAUUGUAACGGGAAAUCCUCGAUGUCAAAAACCAUACUUCCUCAAAGAAAUCCCCAUCCAGGAUGUGGCCAUUCAGGACUUCACAUGCGAUGACGGAAAUGAUGACAACAGUUGCUCCCCACUCUCUCGCUGCCCUACGGAAUGUACUUGUUUGGAUACUGUAGUCCGAUGUAGUAACAAGGGCUUGAAGGUUUUGCCAAAAGGUAUUCCAAGAGAUGUCACAGAAUUGUAUCUGGAUGGGAACCAAUUUACACUGGUUCCCAAGGAACUCUCUAACUACAAACAUUUAACACUUAUAGACUUAAGUAACAACAGAAUAAGCACCCUUUCCAAUCAGAGCUUCAGCAACAUGACCCAGCUCCUCACCUUAAUUCUUAGUUACAACCGUCUGAGAUGUAUUCCUCCUCGAACCUUUGAUGGAUUGAAGUCUCUUCGAUUACUGUAAGCAUCUUAUGUUAAAUAAAAUACCUUUUUUCUCAGGGAUCUGAAUUUGGGUUGUGUUUUUAAUGAUUUAACUGCUUUGUGGAUUCUUGCAAUUGGAGCCAACCCUCUUUACUGUGAUUGUAACAUGCAAUGGUUAUCCGACUGGGUAAAGUCAGAAUAUAAGGAACCCGGAAUUGCUCGUUGUGCUGGUCCUGGAGAAAUGGCAGAUAAACUGUUACUCACAACUCCUUCCAAAAAAUUUACAUGUCAAGGUCCCGUGGAUGUCAAUAUUCUAGCUAAAUGUAAUCCCUGCCUAUCAAAUCCGUGUAAAAAUGAUGGCACCUGCAACAGUGAUCCAGUUGACUUUUAUCGAUGCACCUGUCCCUAUGGUUUCAAGGGUCAGGACUGUGAUGUCCCAAUUCAUGCAUGCAUCAGUAACCCGUGUAAACAUGGAGGAACUUGCCACUUAAAAGAAGGAGAAAAAGAUGGAUUCUGGUGUAUUUGUGCUGAUGGGUUUGAAGGAGAAAAUUGUGAAGUCAAUGUUGAUGAUUGUGAAGAUAAUGACUGUGAAAAUAAUUCUACAUGUGUUGAUGGAAUUAAUAACUACACAUGUCUUUGCCCACCUGAGUAUACAGGCGAGUUGUGUGAGGAGAAGCUGGACUUCUGUGCGCAGGACUUGAACCCCUGCCAGCACGACUCCAAGUGCAUCCUGACACCAAAAGGAUACAAAUGUGACUGCACCCCGGGAUAUAUAGGCGAGCACUGCGACAUUGACUUUGAUGACUGCCAAGAUAACAAGUGUAAAAAUGGAGCCCACUGCACCGAUGCAGUGAACGGCUACACGUGCACCUGCCCUGAAGGUUACAGUGGCUUGUUCUGUGAGUUUUCUCCACCCAUGGUUCUCCCUCGCACCAGCCCCUGUGAUAAUUUUGAUUGUCAGAAUGGAGCUCAGUGCAUCAUCAGAAUAAAUGAGCCAAUAUGUCAGUGUUUGCCUGGCUACCAGGGAGAGAAGUGUGAGAAACUGGUCAGUGUGAAUUUUGUAAACAAAGAGUCUUAUCUUCAAAUUCCUUCAGCCAAGGUUCUGCCUCAGACAAACAUCACACUUCAGAUUGCCACCGAUGAAGACAGUGGAAUCCUCCUGUAUAAGGGUGACAAAGACCAUAUCGCAGUUGAACUCUACCGGGGGCGUGUUCGGGCCAGCUACGACACAGGCUCUCACCCGGCUUCUGCCAUUUACAGUGUGGAGACGAUCAAUGAUGGAAACUUCCACAUUGUGGAACUGCUUGCCCUGGAUCAGAGUCUCUCCUUGUCUGUGGAUGGAGGGAGCCCCAAAAUCAUCACCAACUUGUCAAAGCAGUCCACAUUGAAUUUUGACUCCCCACUCUACGUAGGAGGCAUGCCCGGCAAGAACAAUGUGGCCGCUCUGCGCCAGGCCCCUGGGCAGAAUGGCACCAGCUUCCAUGGCUGUAUCCGGAACCUUUACAUCAACAGCGAGCUCCAGGACUUCCGCAAGGUGCCCAUGCAAACAGGCAUCCUGCCGGGCUGCGAGCCAUGCCACAAGAAGGUGUGUGCCCACGGCACCUGCCAGCCCGGCAGCCAGUCGGGCUUCACCUGCGACUGCGAGGAAGGAUGGACGGGGCCCCUCUGUGACCAGCGGACCAAUGACCCCUGUCUUGGAAAUAAAUGUGUCCAUGGCACCUGCUUGCCCAUCAAUGCCUUCUCCUACAGCUGUAAGUGCCUGGAGGGCCAUGGAGGCGUCCUGUGCGAUGAGGAGGAGGAUCUGUUCAACCCCUGCCAGGCGAUCAAGUGUAAGCACGGGAAGUGCAGGCUCUCUGGACUCGGGCAGCCCUACUGUGAAUGCAGCAGCGGAUACACGGGGGACGGCUGCGACCGAGAAAUCUCUUGUCGAGGGGAACGGAUAAGAGAUUAUUACCAAAAGCAGCAGGGCUAUGCCGCCUGCCAAACAACCAAGAAGGUCUCCCGCCUGGAAUGCAGAGGUGGGUGUGCGGGAGGCCAGUGCUGCGGACCUCUGAGGAGCAAGCGACGGAAAUACUCCUUUGAAUGCACGGACGGGUCUUCUUUUGUGGACGAGGUCGAGAAGGUGGUGAAGUGUGGCUGUGCGAGGUGUGCGUCCUAAGCACGUCCCUGGCAGCUUUCGUCUCUGGAAAAUGUUGUGUACUUCUUCACCUAUGUUGGACAAAUUCAUGCUUCAUAGUGGAAAUAUUUGAAAUAUAUUGUAAAAUACAGAACAGACUUAUUUUUAUUAUGAGAAUAAAAGACUUUUUUUUCUGCAUUUGGAAAAAAAAAAAAUGCUUGAACUAAAGCUUCCCCGAAGCAGGAGAAGUAUGCAGAAAGAUAUACCUAGAGGCAUUAGAACCACGAUGGGAACCAUUGCAACUCAGAGCCAUCGUGGGAACAUGCUGAAGAUUAGCAGAAGCACAAACACAAAGGACAGACGAGCUACUGUGCAGUGGCGUGAGAUUGCCCAGAACAUAACUGUGUGCCCUUUGUCACAUCCAUGCAGUUCACUAGGCCACACCCAGCACCUGCCUGUGAAGGAUGAUACAAGGCAGGGGAAUGGAACUCAAGAAUUCACAGAUAGAACAAAGGGGUGUGAGAUAUUUUGUGCAAAAUACAGUGUCCUGAAGAUCUGGGUUCCAUUCAUGAACAAACACGGGAGUGCUAAAAUACAUUUUAUCUUCUUUUUCAAUGUCAGCAUGUCAGCAGAAGCAGCACACAAAAGUGUUUAUCUACCAUUUUCCAGUAUUAUUUUUUUUGUAAUAUAAAUGAUAAAGGAGAUGAUAAAGAACCAAUAGAUUAUUGAUAAAUAAAUUAGUAAUAAUAUGAAUUUUUUGUUUCUAUGAGUUCUAAACAGCCCUAUACAGUAUUCAGUUUCAAUGAGAAAUAUUUAUUGUAUCAAAGUACAUUGUACUUAACAUGUUAGGCCACCCUUUUGCUGUUUCUCGAUGCUUUAAUAUAUAUUAAUUUAUAAUUGUCCUGAUAUUUUUGUACUUUUUUCAAACUUAAAAUCAGGAUUUUC